UUGGUUAAGUCAUUCAUAUCGAAGGCUUUGUAACGCUUAACAGUUUCUCUCCGGGCUCUUUCUUUUUUCUUAUUUCCUUUUUCUCAGUGUCCAAUUAAAGAAAAUGAAUUAUUUGGGUGUUGGGAUCAGUCCCGGUAAUGUCGUUUACCACGGCACCGAUUUGAAGGUAAUCGACAGAAGAGUGAGAGUUGCAGAGCUGGUCCUAAGGUGUUUGAUAUGUGGCUUUAGCCUUCUCGCAGCUCUUCUUAUCGGAACCGAUUCUCAAGUCAAAGAAAUCUUCACCAUUCGAAAGAAAGCUAGGUUUACAGACAUGAAAGCUCUUGUGUUUUUGGCGGCGGCUAAUGGGGUAUCUGCAGCUUAUUCGUUCAUACAAGUGAUUCGUUGUGUUGUGGGUAUGGUGAGAGGGAGUGUGCUUGUGCAUAAGCCUUUGGCUUGGGCCAUUUUCACUGGAGAUCAGGCCAUGGCGUACCUGGACGUGGCAGCUGUUGGAGCUGCCGUGCAGUCGGCGGUGUUUGCAAAGUUGGGGCAAACAGAGCUUCAAUGGAUGAAGAUAUGCAACAUGUACGGAAAGUUCUGCAACCAAGUUGGGGAAGGAAUAGCAAUGGCUUUACUAGUUAGUGUGUGCGCAGUGGUCCUGUCUUGUACCUCUGCUUUCUCUCUAUUUAGGUUAUUUGGUAAAAACAAAGCCAAAGGCAGCUCUGGGUGGUAGAUUUUAGGCCAAAACUACUUUGUUUCACAGGUUUAGUAGUUAGUCCUGUGGGUUGUUUAAUUUCAUCUUUGUCAUAUAUGUAAUAAUAGCAACAACUGCGGUGCAAGCUAGGUGAAACACUUGCAAGCGAUGAUUGAUCAGUGGAGUGUGUAAUGUAUAGCUCAUCAUCUAUAUAUAUGUAGGAAUUAUGGG